CUUCAAGGGCUUGUCUACUCACUGUAUUUCUGUUCGGUCGUCGGACCAGUUCAUGCAGCGAAAUACUCACUGCUAACUUCGUUAAUUAGUGCUAAGGGUAAUAUUGUGAUUUACUGCUGUUUAUAAAAACCUGCUUUACACACCUUACUUUUGAGUCAGUCGGUUCCAGUUGUUUAGUUACCUUCAGAAAACUAGAGGUUGUACGAGACAGAAAUGCGGGUUAUCUAGGGUUAUUCUUCUAUACAGCACAUUAAACUCCAUAGGAAGAGAGCUGAUUCGCUGUCUUAUGUAAAACCAUAUAGUAACCGCUAAGCAAUGGCAGGAACAGUAAGUCUAGAGCUAGACCCCAUCUUUCUGAAGGGACUGGGGUACCUUCACUCCAAGAGCAAAGACUCAGCAGAGAAACUCAAGGCCCUGCUGGAUGAGUCUUUAGCCAGGGGCAGUGACUCCAUCUAUAGGACAUCACUAAAGGUGAUCAAAUCAAAAAAGGAAGCCGAAGUGAGCAAGGUGUCAUUACCAAAAAUGACCAAACAAGACUCCAAAUCUUCCUCUAGUUCAUCGUCAUCAUCAUCCAUCACCAGCAGCAGCAGUAAAUCAAGCAGCUCAGACAAGACCAAGAAAGAGAGCGAGAAGAGAACUUUGGAAAAGAUUAGGGUUGAUCCUGGGGAAGGACCGGAGCCACCUAAAAAGCCUCGUGUGGAAAAGCAGGACAGUCAUUCCUCUCCGAUUGCUUUUCAAACCAAGGAUAUUCCCAUCCCAGAUUUCACGGACAUUGAUGAAACCAACGCUGACGACUUUGCCAUGGAAAUGGGUCUUGCUUGCGUGGUUUGUCGACAAAUGACUGUCACUUCUGGCAAUCAACUAGUGGAGUGUCAAGAAUGUCACAAUCUGUAUCAUCAGGAGUGUCACAAACCUCAGGUUACUGACAAGGAUGUAAAUGACCCACGGCUAGUGUGGUACUGUGCUCGAUGCACAAGGCAAAUGAAACGAAUGGCACAAAAGACCCAGAAACCUCCACAGAAACCAGCUCCAGCUUUGGCAACGGCAGCACCUAUGUUGAAAGAUCCACUGGUGAAGAAAACUGAAAUAAAGCCCAAAACGGAAACAACAGGUUCAUUCCAGGCCUUUAAGAGAACGGAGGUGAAGGCAUCUGUGGCAUCAGGAAACACUUCCAGCAGUAGCUCGUCUUUGCCCCCAGGCCUUACAGGAUGGGCUGCCUUUACCAAGACCUCAAAUGUAGGACCUUCCAGUACCAAACUGAGCACCAGUCAGCCAGGUAGCAGUAAAUCAACCCCACCUCCCUCAGGCUCCAAACCUGUGGGACUCUCUGCACUGGCUAAUGUUAAACCCGGUCUGGCCACUAAACCUUCAGGAGGCAGCAGCGGUGGAAGCGGUAAUGGAAACAACGGCUCUAGCACGGUACCCAUGAAACCACCUCCUCCACUCACACUAGGCAAGCAGGUGUUGAGUCGCUCAGCGAGUGGAGAUAGCUUGGGGAAAAUGACUGUGACUGGAUCACAGUCACCUGGGGCGGCACCCUCUAGCAGCCUGGGAGGCAACGGUGGGUCAGGAGGCAAUGGAGGGGGCAACGGAGGCAAUAGUGCUGGCAGUAGUAACAGCAGCAGCAGCAGCAGCAACAACAACAACAACAGCAACAAUGGAGCAAAAGCUUCAGCUGAUGGCAAGACGCCCACUUCCCAGGAGUCUCAGCUUAAUGCUAUGAAACGGCUGCAGAUGGUGAAAAAGAAAGCAGCACAGAAGAAACUGAAGAAAUGAGGAAGAGAAAGCCAGACUAUUGUGUUAAAGAGCAAGUCAAAUCCUGUUUUUCAAAUCAAAUAUGCUUGAAUUUGAAUGUUACUGGUCUUUCAGAAGUGGUUUGGUUUGAAGAUGUGCCUCAUUCUUUCUAAACCAGCCACAUUACUGAAAUCAAGCUGCUCAUUUUAAUAAUGUGUUUAAUAAAUAACACCUUUUUUUUAGAAAAAUGGAUUGUUGUUAUUUUAAAACCUUUUUUUUAAUGUUUAUGCUAAUACUUUGAGAAAUGUAGGAGAAUAAUGAACAA